AUGGAUUUUACAGGAAAUGUCUUUGUUGUCAGUCUAGCUGUUGCUGACCUGGUCGUGGCCAUCUACCCGUAUCCUCUGGUCCUGACAUCUCUCUUUCACAAUGGCUGGAACCUGGGCUAUGUCCACUGUCAAAUCAGUGGGUUUCUGAUGGGCCUGAGUGUUAUUGGGUCCAUCUUCAACAUUACGGGCAUCGCUAUUAACCGAUACUGCUACAUCUGCCACAGCCUCAAGUAUGACAAGUUCUACAGUGAUAAGAAUGCGUUGUUCUACGUCGUCCUUAUCUGGGUCUUGACAUUUGUUGCCAUUGUGCCAAAUCUUUUCGUUGGAUCCCUUCAGUACGAUGCCAGGAUCUACUCUUGUACCUUCUCCCAGUCUGUGAGCUCUGCCUAUACAAUUGCAGUUGUGUUUUUCCAUUUCAUGCUCCCUAUCGCCAUUGUUACAUUUUGCUACUUGAGGAUAUGGAUCCUUGUCAUUCAGGUGCGGAGGAGGGUCAAACCUGACAACAAACCCAAACUAAAGCCGCACGACCUUAGGAACUUUAUUACCAUGUUUGUGGUCUUUGUACUCUUUGCCGUCUGCUGGGCACCUUUGAACUUGAUAGGCCUUGCGGUGGCUGUUGACCCAGAAACAAUAACACCCAGGAUUCCUGAAUGGCUGUUUGUUUUUAGCUACUACAUGGCAUACUUCAACAGUUGCCUUAAUGCUAUCAUAUAUGGACUUCUGAACCAGAAUUUCAGACGAGAAUACAAACGAAUUAUUGUGACAAUUUGUACAGCAAGAGUUUUCUUCCAGGACAGCUCUAAUGAUGCAGUCGACAGGAUGAAAAGCAAACCCUCACCCUUGAUCACAAACAACAAUUUAGUGAAGGUUGACUCAGUGUAACAGGAAAGAAAGAAAGAAAGAAACCUUGUUGCUGACAAUUGAAAUGCACGCUGGUGUGUGACAUUCAAAGGCUAUGUCUGUUUUUUAGCCACAUGGUUCAUGUUCUACAGUGGAACACCGAGAUCCUCAGAUGUACAAAAUGCACUCAGAUGAGGUUAUGUGCACAGUAUUUUUGAGCCAAAGCAGUUUUUACAGUAAGAUCCUCCUAUUGCACUACAUAUUUGGUUGCAUACAGUGGGCAUGAUCCAACCAAAGUAAAAUACCUAUGUCCUAUUGAUGGCAGUAGAAUAGUUGAGCAUUGAGUCAAAUCUCUCUCACAGAACUCAAUGAGACUAAAAUGCUUUUCUUUGGGUAACACCCAGUGACUCACUGGUAGAACUUCAAACUUACAAUGCAAUCCUAGUUCUACCUUCUCAGAAGUAAGGCUCACUAAAAUCAGUGGGGCUUACUCCUAGAUAAGUAGAUAAAGGAUUGCAUUUAUAGACUGUUAUAGAAUUACAGAACAAAUAGUCGACAAUGUUUCAUUUAAUUUAGAACAGUAAUAGAAAUGGGUUGAAGCUAGUUGAGACACGUUAUAUGGAUUUAAAUUUAAAAUAAAAUCACCAACCUGAUCAUCCCCAACUGUUAUCUAAUUUUGUAAAGCAAGAUUCUGGUAGCAGCAUACCCCACUAAAAGUGGCUUUUUCUAAAAUGAACAAGUGGAUCUCAUACAUAUUUGUAACUAUUAAUUCAAGAAAUAGGUAUACCAAUAAAACCAAGGGGAUACCUGUAAAUUUUCAUAUGAUAUAUGCAUCAAUAAACUACAGAAUGACAAACUAAAGAGCUUCAAAUUAUAGAGAUACAUACAUCCUGAGGAGAGGUAAGUGAUAACACACACAUACACACACAUACAUACACACACACACACACACAUACUGUUUCAGGCAUCUUCAGAGCUUGGAUGUAGCUACUUGCAAAUAAUAAAUUACAGUGGUGCCUCACUAGACAGUUACCCUGCAUCACAGUUUUUUCGCU